GGCCGGCGUGGCCAGGGCCCGGGCGCCGCAGGGCCGGGCGGAGCGGCGGCUGCCUGCAGGGGGCGCCGCCCGGGGCGGCCUGGGUGCGGCGCCCGCGCAGGGCAUUUCCGCUCGGCGGCGGGAGCGCGGUCCCACGGCCCCGCGGGGCAGCAGCAGGACUGAGAACUGGAUUCUUGGUGCACAUGGACUUUCUGGCCUCUGCUUGAGGCAGGUAUAUUCAUCUUGUAUCCUGUGGAAGGAUUCCAAAGCCCCGAACUUAAGACUCUCAGACUCACAAUGCUCCUGGAUUCCUGGGCAACACAUCAUUGAACAAACAAACUUACAGGGACAGGUUGCUUCCUGAAGGAUCUGCGUGUGUUCAGAACAUAGUCAGAAAAGGCCCUGCAGCCCAAUGGCUCUUGUCUUCGUGUACGGCACCCUGAAGCGAGGCCAGCCCAACCACAAAGUCUUGCUGGACAGCGCCAACGGCUCUGCAGCCUUCCGGGGCCAGGGCCGCACGGCCGAGCCCUUCCCCUUGGUGAUUGCUGGUGAACACAACAUCCCCUGGCUGCUGCACCUCCCGGGCAGGGGCCACCAUGUGGCUGGCGAGAUCUACAGGGUGGACGAGCAGAUGCUGCGCUUCCUGGACGACUUUGAAGGCUGCCCCCACAUGUACCAGCGCACGGCGGUUCCGGUGGAGGUGCUCACGUGGGAGGGCGAGGGCAGCCCUGGGGACCGGGUGCAGUGCUUUGUGUACAGCACGGCCACCAGCCCACCCGAGUGGGCCCACCUCCCCCACCACAAGAGCUACGACGCCCAGGGUCCCCACGGGCUGCGCUACAACCCCCGGGAAAACAGGUGAGCAGGGCCGGCGGCCCGGAGAGGGCAGACCAGGGCCUUUCCAGACAUUUGCAGACUCCACGUGGAAGAGAGAAACAGGCCUGCCUUUCAGGCGCCAAUUCUGCAAAUAAUUUGGACGUCCUGACAGCAAGAUUGUACCCUGGAACCUUUCCAUCCAGGAUACUUAUCGCUUGCUGCUUUAAGAGCCUCAGGGGCCUGAAUGUACUGGAGAAGAAAAACUUUGGAUUUUAAUUCCCCUGAAAGGCAUUUGGAGAAGUCACAUGCUGUCAUGAUUUCCUGUCAUCUGAAGAUGACAUUCUCAGUGACUGGAAAGACAGCUGCCAUUAGGUUUUGGCAGCUGGCUGAACUGAUUCUAGCCUGUAGCAUCGAUAAAGGAAGUUUGAGUAAAAGUUUAUUUUGGAUGGUUCAAUAUAAAAAAAUAUCCCCAAAAAAAGUUUGCUGUACUGUAACUACAGCAUCAUUCUUCAUAAUUAUGAGAUCACAAACUACUGGAGAUGGCCACUUAAGAUGUUUUGGGAACUAAAAUAUAAAGGUGUUGGUGUGAUGUUCGACCCUUUCUUAGUAGAUUUGAUAGAAGGUUCUUUUCAUUGUAAUCUAGCAAAAUAAUGAACACCGCUUGCUAGCAGACACGGCUGAGCACCCAGACUUCACACGGAGGUUCAUCCGCACCCAGACCCCAGCAGCCGGGCCCGUCACCGCCUCCUGAAGGCACAGGACUUGGGGGUGGGCCUUUCAGAGAAGAACCAACACAUUAGCAAUUUGUUCUUCAGGCCUGACAGAAGGCUUAGCUUCCAAAUACAAACAGCACUUAAAAUAAUGUUAGCAAGGCACGAAGUACCAAUUACUACCCACCUCCAUCUGAUGAUCUGUCAGCGGAGCUUCAAGUCGGCACACGGCUCUGCUGCACGGCUCUCUUCUGCUCACCAGCAAAACCUGAGGUGGAUUCCAAGCACUCGAGAACAAAUGCGAAUGCAGCUGCUGCGCCUCAGUCGCCUGGCUCUCGGCUGGGGGGGCUCACUCACUUUUCAACUUAAUGGUAGACCGUGGUUGCUAACUACAUCUGGCACAAAACAUGAUCAUUAUUUUUAGCCUCUUUUUCUUAAUUGGAAGCUUGCUUCGCAAAGCACAAAAAGGCGAGGCUAGGUAUCAGCUGAUGAGCUCUGGUGAGGUAGCCCAAGCACCCGGGAGGGGACCUGGGCAGCCCACCGUCCUCAGAACAGUACAGGCAGCACCCCAGGUCAGUCAGCGGGCCCCAAAUUCACCUCCUGAGGACUCAGCCAUCCAGCAUGGUACCCACAUGUAGCCACAGCAGGAAGGGGGUCGUCCAGGCCACCUAGUCCUUAGGAAGUCACAGAUAACCAGCCCCAGGAGUUAGCCUUCAAUUAUGGAAGCAGGAAGGUAAUCAGAUUAUAAGAUGGCAAAUGCUGAUUUAAUAGAAUGGGAGGCAGAGAACUGGAAUUGAAUACAUUUCUAAAUGGGAUCACUGACAUGCUAGUAUUUACGUCAACUGGCACAGUCCGUCGCCUAUGUGUACACUGUCUUCAUUAAAAAAAAAAAAAGGCAAACUAAUAUUUAGACAAAUGCUUCAUUCUAUUGAUUUAAUUUUGAUGCUAGGAAAUCGCACAGAAGUACAAAUCAUAUGUACAAGUGUCUAUGUCAAUACAAAUGUCCGAUGGUGAUUUUUUGGCAGAAUGUUGGUUUUGACUCUUCUGUGGAAUAAAUACGAGAUGUAGAUCCGACGGCACAGGAGUGUUCCCGUGAAACACUUGAGUAAAUCGAGUGUGAGAGAAUAAUACAAAUGGCUAAUUAAAUUGGGUGACGUCUGAAAGGCUGUGAAUACUUCAUUCCAACUCCACGAGCAGAUCCCCUUCUCCGACUGUGUCUCCAGCUUUACAAUGUACCAGCUCCACCUUGAAUUCAAAAAGACGGGGAGAACGAGAAGCAUUAGCUAGAGUCAGAAGGGAGAAACCCCCACGCCUUCUCUGGAUGGAACCCACCCUGGGGCCAGGGAGCUGUGACCUGUGCCACUUUGCUCACGUCCAUCUGAGGGCAUCCUGAGGAUCGUCAGGAUGUCCCUGCAGAAGCUGUGACUCACCCCUCCCCCUGCCACCUCUUCCGUCCCUGUCAGCCCAAAGAACUUGUAUGUACGUUCACACACACGAGUAGUCCACACGGGUGCUGAUGAGCAGCCACGCCCGCCCCCUCUGGAGAGAGACGCAGUCCUCGGGAGCCCUUGGAGGAGUGAUGGAACGUGGAACUGAGCCCUCCCCUUCCGCCCAUUUCUCCCAAGUGUAGUCAAGCUGUGCUUGCCAAAUUUGUCUUCAGAUUUAAAAUGAGCAGGGAAGGCACCCGAGUGCCAGCAAUGUCUGGUUGGUGCACUGGUCUGUGUCCCCACCCUUGUGGUGAGGGAAGAGCCAAGCCAUUUUCUCUCAAACUUGAGCUGAGUUUUUAAGAAGGCUGUGAACCCGUGCAGGGAAUACUCCAAAGCCCUCCCAGCAGGUGCCAUUUGGACUGAAGUGGCUAAAUGACAACGCUGAUGUCUGUACUGGUGAUAUAUGAUGUUUUUGAUGAUGGCACCAUCACUAGAGUAGAGACUGUUCAUUGUAACCCUUUCUCUAGGAGAAAAUAUGGCCCUCCCAGGCAGGAACCACCAGCCCCAGACUCAGCAGGGGGAGGGGAGGGUGGAAUGAGCAGAGGGCCUCCGGGUAGCAGGAGCUGGGCCAACGCACAGAAUUCGCUCACACCUGGUCGCCUCCUGAGCAGCAGAUCUGGGCUGCUGAGGGCCAAGGGCUCUGCCUCCCCGUGAGACGGCCCCAAGAGGAAAUCCAAAGACGCACAACAUGGCUCCCCACGGCUACAGGAAGUGAGGCCAUGCUCUUUAUUACACGAGGGCCUCAGCCAGCCACAUGGGGACCCAUGGCCUGCAGCUGACACCCAUUCUUGAUCCCCCAUAACAUCAUGGAUAGAAAUUUCAUGACACUAGUGCAGUAAAAAUGUUAAACAAUCCCUAAGACUAGAUAAAACAGUUUUUACAUAAACAGAAACCCACCUUUUCUUGUCCACUUUUAAAACAUCAACAAAAUUAGAAAGCAUUCCUAAAACACGACAGCUCAUGCCAUUCUACUCUGCCAAACCUCCCAGACAGGGUGGGGCCACCUGCAGCAGCCUGGCAGCCAGCUCAGGGCUGUCCAGUGUGCACAGGGACCUCUGCUUUCCCUGCUGGGAGCAGACAGGGAAUCCCCCUUGUCCUUCUCUGAGAAUCAGUCCCUUUGACUUUUGGAGUGAUAGACCAUGAGACAGAGGCUGUGUCUCUCUGUUGCAAACUUGAUUGUGAACUGAUGGAUCUCUCUUUACACCCCAGGUCCCCACGGUGUGGCCACAGUGCAGGCUACAGCCAGCCUUUGCUGCUGUCCUCACGUCGAUCAUGCUCCACUGUGCAGACACUUCCAAACCAAACAUCCUCCAGAAAAGGGUCAUUUUCCACUAAUGGCAUCCCCUGAGUCCUAGGAAGAACAGUGAAGCGAUUGCUUCACAGGCUUUUUGUUUUCCUCAAAGAAAAAAAUACAUUUGAGGGUGUCACUCUUAACAAAUUUCAGUACUGACAGGCCUUUCUCCUCCUCCUCUUCCUGCGUCAUUAAGGCCCAUGAGUGUGCACAGGGCUUCAGCUCCUCAUGAUCUACAACUGAAUUGUUCUCUUCAUGGAGAAAUUAUCUUGAAGAGUUGCAUUAAUUUUUGCAAUCUGUAAAACCGUUUCCUGCUGCGUCACCUAAGUCUCAGAUAACUAACUGCCUCCAAGACAGAUGUAAACAUUAAAAAUUAAAGACCCCUUAAUUUGAAAGACAUUAAGGUGAAGAACAAUUAUUCUUUG